AUGGUUAUUCAUCUCUUCUGGCUUAUUAAUCAAUCUGGCCAGCUCAUGGCAAAGGUCAGUUUUACUAAACCUGAGCUUAUUGGUGAGUUGGGCGCCAGACCAGACCUUCAGCUUACAAUUUCAAGCGUUCUCUUCUCCACCUUUGGCAUGUCGCAGGAACUGACACCUAACUCGAACUCGGUUGACAGCGCUGGUAUGACCUUGAUUGAGUGUGAGGAGCACAACAUUCAUAUCUACGAGACCCCUUCACUUGUAAAGUUUGUUCUUAUCUCUGACACACGCACACGAGAAUGCGAUGCUGUUUUCAAAGAACUCCACACAGCCUAUGUGGAGUAUGCAAUGAAGAAUCCUUUUCAUAUUGUGGAUGAAUCUGGGAUCGGACAACCAAUUCGGAUUCCAGCAUUUUCAGAGGCUAUCCGUGCGAUAGUUUCCCGCUAUCAAAAGAUUUAGGGAGCCAGAAAGUACACCGAGAAGCUUAUAUAUGCAUAUCAAUUACACACUAGUGAUAAUUGUGUUUUUAAUCUCUCUGAGUUUGCUUGUCGUUUGCGAAACACACAUAUUGCAGUGUCAUAUCAAUGAAAAGAAAUAAUGACUCGCACGUUUUAAGAGUA